GCCGGAUCCGCCGGCCCCCUGCCGCGCCGCCCCGCCCUCGGCCUGCCGGCGCCCGCCCUCGACCUGCGAUUUCCCGGGCAUUGGCCGUGCCGCCGGGAGAUCCCUCCGGGUUCAAGUUGCAAGGGGGCGGGCCCGGGCCGGAGGUGGAGUCUCCCGCCAAUUGCAGCCUUGGCUAUAAAUUGAGCUCCCUGCACGCCAAAGCCCAGAUGCCUCACCAGGCCGCCUCGCGGUUGGUGGCCGGAGAGGGCGACGGGUCCCAGGGGGCCUCGGGGCCCGUGGCCACCAUGCUCCGCUCCCUGCUGCUUCACUCCCUGAGGCUGUGCGCCCAGACCGCUUCGUGCCUCGUGCUCUUCCCGCGCUUCCUCGGCACGGCCUUCAUGCUCUGGCUCCUCGACUUCCUGUGCAUUCGCAAGCAUUUCCUGCGCCGCCGCGGCCUGGGGCAGCCUGAGCCCGGAGUGGAGCUCAACAGCGACGGCGAGGAGGUGCCCCCCGAUGACCCGCCUAUCUGCGUGUCCGAUGACAACCGCCUGUGCACCCUGGCGUCGCUCAAGGCUGUGUGGCACGGCCAGAAGUUGGAUUUCUUUAAGCAGGCACACGAGGGCGGGCCGGCGCCCAACUCCGAGGUGGUCCUGCCCGAAGGCUUCCAGAGCCGGCGCAUCCUGGACUACGAGCAGGGGAACCGCCCGCUGGUGCUCAAUUUUGGCAGCUGCACCUGACCACCGUUCAUGGCGCGCAUGAGCGCCUUCCAGCGCCUGGUCACCAAGUACCGGCGCGACGUUGACUUCCUCAUCAUCUACAUCGAGGAGGCCCACCCUUCCGACGGUUGGGUCACCACGGACUCCCCCUACAUCAUCCCGCAGCACCGGAGCCUGGAGGACCGGGUCAGCGCGGCUCGGGUGCUGCAGCGGGGCGCGCCUGGCUGCGCUCUCGUCCUAGACACCAUGGCCAACUCCAGCAGCUCGGCCUACGGCGCCUACUUCGAACGCCUCUAUGUCAUCCAGCGCGGCACCAUCAUGUACCAGGGCGGCCGUGGCCCAGACGGCUACCAGGUCUCAGAGCUGCGCACCUGGCUGGAGCGCUACGACGAGCAGCUGCACGGCCCUCAGCCCGGCCGGUUGUAAACAACCGAUGGACAACUGCCUGGACUCGGUGGGCUGGGCCUUCGGGCUUUCGAAGCCCGCGUGCAGUCUCCACCAGCGAAGCCGGGCUUGGUGAGACCCAAGGACCCAGAUGCAUUGAGCCCUGCCUCUCUGGCUGGGUCUGGCACUCGGCCACUGAAGACCAGCCUCCGUGGGACUCUUGUGACUCACUUGUACCUGCCUGGCUGGCCUGAAAUCCCCCUGGGGCACUGAAGCAGCGCGCGCACACCCAUGCCUGUGGACCCGCAGGCCUGGCCUCCGCGCACUUUUGCACACCAGCACUCCAGCCCGCCGAGCGCCGAGCGGCGGUGCGCGCAUCUCGCAGCAGAGAUACCUUGGCCACGCCCGCGCGCCGGGAGCGCAGCUGGGUUCCAGCAGCUCCAGGCUUCGCUAGUUGCCUGGCACCCACCUGUCGCGCGCAGGGAGCCCUGCUGCCUUUGUGUUUAUUUCUUGUCUCUGAGCUGAGGGGAGGAUUUGGGAGGGAGAGGGUGGGCAGGGUCGUCUUCCCCCUCCUUUGGGCGCGCACGAGCCCCUCUGCUGAUGACGAACUGUCUCUAACUGGUCUUGACCACGAGCCGGUUCCGAAUUGCAGGCUCGAAUCGGUGCCGAAAGCGAGAGGGGGAAGAGGGCCCCGGACUUCGGAAAGGAGACCGCCGUCAGUGGGGAGGGAGUGGGAGGGGCCGCUUCCGGGCUAGAGGUGGUUUGAGAGGCCUCGGCGAGCUUCGCAGCGCCCGGGAGGGGAGAGGCCAGGACUCCUGGAGAGCAGGCUUGGGUGGGGGCGGCCCGAGAAAGGGAGAUGGGCGGGGCCUGAGACCGACCGCUGGGCCCGGAGUGGAAGGCUCUGAUUUCGCCGCCUGGCGAGAGUAGUGCUGAUGAUAUUCCCUGUGUAUGAACUUCGUUUAAGCUAUAGUAAUAAAGGCUUAAAGUAAA